AACCCUACAGGUCAUAGUUCACUCCAGCUACCUGCUGUUGUGGCUCUAUGGGUAUACAGAAGCAAUGGGGACUGCAUAUCCAUCUUUGUGUAUCAGGAUCAAUAUACCAUGGCUCUAUUGUUACAUGACACACAUCAUAGUUCGCACCAGUACAAGCUACAUGUACAGUGUACAUGUAGUACACCAGCAUAGUACAUGUACUCUGCUGAUAGAGUAACACACAUGACAUAGUACAUUGUUGGUACAGUGACUUUCCUUGCUCUGUGCUCAGUACCCUAAAGAUGGCAGACAUUGCCACAGCUAGGUUAUCUAUUUGAUCUAUGGGUAUUUGCAUUUCCAGUGGUCUAGAUAAUGUGGAGUUAUGUGCAUGCUGCAGCUCUGUGACAUUUGCUACAUCCUGAUCGACAGAUUCACUUGAAGAAGCAUGGCUUCCUGGCUGGUAGUUGUUGCUGCACUGGUAGCCUUUGCUGGCUUGGUCGUGUACCUCAUGGACCAGGUCUACCUAGACGUGAGCGGCCGCUACGUAUUCGUCACCGGCUGCGACUCGGGCUUUGGUAACAUCCUAGCCAAGUACCUGGGCCGGAAGCGGGGCUGUCACGUGAUUGCAGGCUGCCUGACGCAAGCUGGUGUGGAUAACCUCAUGUCCUGUGCCCCCAAGGGGACAGUGACGGCCAUUCAGAUUGAUGUGACCAACACCGAGAGCAUUCUCCGGGCUCGCGACACAGUGACAAAAAUUGUGGCUGGAAAAGGUCUAUGGGGUCUGAUCAACAAUGCUGGUGUGCCUGGUAACCCAGUCCCUUAUCACUGGCUCAAGAAGCGAGAAAUGCAGCACAUUCUGGACGUCAACCUGAUGGGUACCGUGGAGGUCACCAACAUCUUUUUCCCCCUGUUGCGUCAGGCCCAAGGGCGAAUCAUCAACUUGUCCAGUGCCACUGCAGUAUUCCCAAUCAGAGCUGGGGCCUACUCCAUGUCCAAGAUAGGGGUGGAUGCGUUCUCAGACAUAAUGCGCGUCAGCUCCAAAGCAUUCGGUGUGACAGUUCAUAUUCUUGAGCCCGGCUACUUUAGAACAAAUGUUACAUCUGUGGACACGAUCAUACCUGCAAUUGAGAGUGCGUGGAACAGGCUACCACAGCAAGAGAAGGAUAUCUAUGGCCAACAGUAUAUUGAUACAUUGAAGGAAAAGGCAAAGCUCAUCCUGGACACUUCGUCACCAGCCCUCCACCUGGUCACCAAUGCCAUGGAGCACGCCCUCUGUGCCCGAUGGCCCUGGCGACGCUAUCUGCCUGGCAAGGACAUCAAGUUUCUCUACAAGCCCCUCUCCAUGCUGCCGGCCUGGCUGGCCGAUUUCCUCGUUUGCAAGCUUGCUGAAAUCCCUGUGGCUCAACCUAAGCCGACCGCUGUGGUGACUUACGCAGCCGACAAUAACCAUGGUGAUUUGUAAACCACUGUUGCUGUUUUUAUAUCCAUUGGGAUAUAAUGUCUGCCUGUUCACUUGGUUUGGGUGUUUUGUACACUGGAGAACUGCAUCUGACGUUGACAUUACAUGGGGCAUAGUGGUGUGCAUAUAUCAGAUUGGAAAUAGGGCACCCAUUGAAGUAAACCAUGGAUACCAGCAAAAAUACUCAUGAAAGAAGUUUAAGCCCAACAUUCAAAGAGAACAAAAAAACAGUAUGUGCGGUAAACAACACAACUGUCAAUUGCGUCCUCAAAAAGUUCAUCAAAAAUCUUUAUAUAUAUCUGCAUGAAAUCCAUUACAGCAUUUCAUGUAGUGUGCUCUUUUUAAAAACAUUUCCAUACAAAUAUCUCCAAAAAAACUUUCUUCUUUUUAUGACAAGUUUUUAUGGGAAAUGGGCUGCACUCGUGUAGUGGGCCCUACCUUAAAAAUAUUAGGUCUGAGAUGCCCUUUUGAUGCGCGUUGCUUACAAUGUGCACAUCAUAAUGGGUGCAAUAGUAGCACUCUGUAAUAAAAAACUAGGUACUUCCAGUGUCUGUAACCCUCAUUCAUAAAUACCUAAGACAGCUUAGCCAUCCCUAUUGGUUUAGAGCCGUCAUUUGGUAGGUCUUAAAAAGUUGCACUACCUCAAGGGUGUGGGUUGGGGGGGGAAGGGUGUAGAUGCAACCCUCCAUCAGCAGAAGGGAGUUCUGCUUGAGGUGUCAUAUUUUUAUUUUUUAAACCAAACAGCAGUACGUUAUUUUAUUAAAGUGAAAGUAUGUGGGGUUUUGAUACACGAUGACCGAAAAAUAAAAUAGCAAAUACAUGUAUCUGGGG